ACAUUGAAGAUGAAAACUUUAGAGGUAUUCCGAAUCUGUGUCUAGGUCGUUUGUGUGGAAGGUCUUAUAAUCUCUGCUGGAGGACAUUCCACCAAAAAUGGCAAUGUCAAUGGAGACGGAUGGAGUGGUUAUUAGAAGUGACAGGGAGCGGAUUCACAGUGUUCGAGAUAGUAUGAGUAGAAAAGACAGCAUCAUGACUGAAAGGGGGAGAGAAGGACAGGAAUUAGCAUGGGGAAGUGGGACUGGGAAAUCCAUAGGCGUGUUUACAAGUGGAGGGGAUUCUCAGGGUAUGAAUUCCAGUGUAAGAGCUGUAGUAAGAAUGGGUGCCUACUUGGGUUGUAAAGUUUUCUACAUAAAAGAGGGGUACCAGGGUAUGGUAGAUGGAGGAGACAACAUUGUGGAGGCUACAUGGGCCAGUAGUUCAGGGAUCAUGCAGAGGGGAGGCACAGUGAUAGGGAGUGCUCGCUGUCAGGAUUUUCGUGAAAGAGGAGGCCGUAUGAAAGCUGCAGAAAACUUGGUCAAUAAUAACAUCACAAAUCUUGUAGUGAUUGGAGGAGAUGGCAGUUUGACAGGUGCCAAUCUCUUCAGACAAGAGUGGGCAGAACUUCUUGAUGAUUUACUCAAGAAUGGUCGCAUUAGCGAGCAGCAGAGAAAAGACUGUACACAGCUGAAUAUUGUGGGGCUGGUGGGAUCCAUUGACAACGAUUUUUGUGGAACGGAUAUGACUAUUGGAGCUGACACAGCUCUUCAUCGUAUUGUGGAAGCUGUAGAUUGUAUUGCCACAACAGCUUCCAGUCAUCAGAGAUGCUUUGUACUAGAAGUGAUGGGGAGACACUGUGGGUACUUGGCAUUAGUGGGGGCCUUAGCCACUGAGGCAGAUUGGGUGUUUAUCCCUGAGUGGCCCCCAGAGGAGGGAUGGGAGGAAACUCUGUGUAAGAAACUGGCAGCAGAGCGAGCCAUGGGACAGAGAUUGAACAUUAUACUGAUUGCUGAAGGGGCAAUAGACAAGAAAGGAAAUCCCAUCAGUGCUGACAUGGUUAAAAAGGUGAUAACAGAUAGGUUGAAGUAUGACACAAGAGUUACAGUCCUUGGACACGUACAGCGAGGAGGAAAACCCACAGCAUUUGACAGAAUCCUGGGUGCCCGUAUGGGGGCAGAGGCAGUGUUGGCCCUGAUGGAUGCUGAACCAGGCACCCCCGCCUGUGUAUGUUCAUUAGAUGGUAAUCAGACAGUGAGAGUCCCACUGAUGGAAUGUGUAGAAAGAACACAAGCUGUGCAAAAAGCCAUGAAUGAAAAAAAGUUUGAAGAAGCUGUCAGGCUCAGAGGAAAGAGUUUCCAGAAUAACCUAACAACCUACAGAAUGUUGAGCAAACUACGACCUCCAAAGGAUAAAUUUGAUCCAUCAGGAACCACUAGUGGGACUGGGAAGAAACUGGCUGUAAUGUGUAUAGGAGCACCUGCCUGUGGGUCUAACGCAGCCAUCAGGUCAUUUGUCCGUCUGGCUCUGACCAAAAGCUACACUGUCCUGGGCUUUCAUGACUCCUUUGAUGGACUUCUGUAUGGCAAUUUGACAGAUAUUAUAGAUCCGGUCAAGCCAAUGAGUUGGACUGAUGUCCAUGGCUGGUCCAGUUUUGGGGGUUCUCUUCUAGGCACAAAAAAAUGUGUGGGAUCAAAAUAUGGUCUGGACAAAAUUGCACAAAAACUCAAAGAAUAUGAUGUCAGUGGCUUAUUAAUAAUAGGGGGAUUCGAGGCAUAUCACAGUGCUCUACAGAUGGCAGAGGCCAGAAAUCAGUUUGAGGCUUUCUGUAUUCCUAUUGUGGUGAUCCCCUGUACCAUCAGUAACAAUGUUCCAGGGACAGAGUUCAGCCUCGGAGCGGACACAGCAAUCAAUGAAAUUACUGACAUUUGUGAUAGAAUCAAACAGUCUGCACUAGGAACUAAGAGACGCGUCUUUGUUGUGGAAACCAUGGGAGGUUAUUGUGGUUACCUAGCAACAAUGAGUGGAUUGGCAGGUGGUGCAGAUGCUGCUUAUAUUUUUGAGGAGGAAGUGAACAUUACAAAAUUAAGGGAUGAUGUCUUCCACCUGAAGGACAAAAUAGUGAACUUGGGUGUUCAAAGAGGACUCAUUUUAAGAAAUGAAAAUGCAAAUUCAAACUAUACAACUGACUUCAUUGAGAAGCUAUUUUCGGAGGAGGGGAAGGGGGUUUUCACUUGUCGUAAGAAUGUUCUGGGCCACAUGCAGCAGGGAGGCAUGCCAUCCCCAUUUGACAGAAACUUUGGAACAAAAAUGGCAGCUAAGGCUUUACAGUAUAUGGCUGAUAUUGUCCAACAUAGUAUGAAUUCUGCAGGUAAAGUUGUAAAUAAAGACCCAUCAUCUGCAGUUUUACUGGGAGUGCAGAGACGCCAUUUGACCUUCACCCCAGUGGAGGAACUCAAAAAGACGACAGACUUUGAACACAGAAUUCCAACAGACCAGUGGUGGUUAAAGCUCCGUCCACUGCUGCGAAUUCUAGCCAAGCACCGGGAAAAGGCUUAUCAAACAGAAGGGGUAAUGACAGGGGUGGAUGAUGUUGAGGAUGUUGACAAUAUUUAGAUCCACACCUAAAAAGUCUUAGAUCCAUCACUUUGUCCAAUCUGCAAAUCCACCUCUUUGUUUAGUUUACCUUGUCAAGCUUAAUGUUCCCAUGAUUCCAAAGACUUUUAUGCUACACAGUAGUUAGUGUAUGAUGCCACAAAUCAAAAAACAAAGAAAAGAAAGAAAGAGUUCAGGAUACAAGUUAUAUAGAGCUACAUGUUUUUGAUAAAUUAAAUCUAAGUAAAGUUCAGUUGGUUUACAGAAUUUUAAUUUUGUUAACUAGGCUAUUUUAUACAAGAGUUCCCUUGAAGAAAUAAGUAAAUUUAUCCAUUAUUGGGUACGUUUGUAAAACAUAGAGUAAGACAGGUUUCCCUAUAAAUUUACUCACAGUUUGAAUUCAGUUGUUAGAUUAGUUUUGUUAUUAGUGCCAUUAUUAUAUUGUUAUUUUACAUGAUUAAAAAAGUUGUACUUUAUUAGUUUGUUAGGGUUGAUAAAGUUUUCCUAGGAAUUCACAUAUUUUAUCUUAUAAUUGAAUGCUGUUACCUUUAAUAGAAGUUGUGAGCCAAUACUUUUUUUUAUUAUUAUUUUGACAUCUAUCAUCAUCGUCAUCGUUAUACCGUGUGUCAUUACAAUUAGUGUGUCGGUUACAUAGAAGUAGGUUUUACAGGGACAUUCAAUACGGUAUGUUGUUUGUUAUCGUAUUCUUAUCAAGAGAUUCUAAAUUUGAAUUCAUAAAUUUCAGUCAUUGUACAUUUAUCAUUUCUAACAGUAAAAGAAUAGCUUACAAUUUUUUUUUUCUUUAUUCCUGGUGCUUUUUAUUAAUAUGCAUUUUUUAAUAUUUGUAGACUUUUACAGUGUCUGAUUUAAAUAAUAAAAGUUUAUUUUUAUUGUUGAAUGAAUGGUAUUGUUUGUAUUUUUGUUUAUUUGUUUGGGGUUUUUUUUUUUUGGUCACUUUUAUUUUUUUUUUUAAUCAAUUCAUGCACAUGUACAUUGUAAUUCUUAAAUGAAGAAACUUUAUUAGAAUGAACCUAAUUUUAAAAAAAAGAAUUGUUUUUUCUAAUUUAUCUAUCUGUUAAAUGGAUAUGCCAAAAAAAAAAACGCAUUUCUUUCCACAGUGCAAGGUCAAUUAAAAGUUAAUUACAUCUGCUUAAAUACAUCAGCUGACGUGCUACUGCUUAAUAUUUUAUUAUAGUGCUGCUAAUAAUUUUUACCUUUAAUGUCCAUAAUUUCAAAAUACAUGAUGUAUACAUGUGUUUGAAAUACACAUUAUUCAGGUACAUGUAUUAACAUAUAGUUUCAAAGAAUGAAACUUUUGAUGCUUUAAAGGAUUAUUGUUUAGUUUUAUGAUAUUUGCCAGUAUUUUGCCUUUUACAGAUACAUGUUCGUGCUUUGUGAUUUAUAGUGAAAGAAGUUUAUAAUGAGCAUGCAUAAUAAAUAUACAUAUUAUUACAAAUUAAGUCAGAUAUUGUCACCUCAGAGGAAAAUAAAAAUGGAGUAUUAACUGUGAAUUACAGAAAGCAUGCAGGACCUCAGGUUGUCCUGGAAGUUUGCUGUUGAAGUUUUUUUUCUACAAUAGGUUAGUUUUGAGUUGCCAGUGCUUUUUUACUGUAUCAAAUGUUGUAUGACAAUAUAAGUUGUUGUUUAUGUAUUUUUAAGAACUUUCAUUAUUACAUGUAGGGUAAUACAUCUAUAUGUCACACUUGGGUACCUCCAGUACAAGCUUCAUAUUUACUACAAGGCUGGUGAAUGCUUUUUUUUUUAGGCCAAGCUAAAAAAAUUCCUUGUUUGCAGUUGCCAACCUAUAAUUUUUAGAAUGGGUAGGUAGGAAGUUUUUUUUUUAAGAAAAAAAAGACUGUUGUUUUCAGAUUUUUGUAAGACAACAAAUAAUAGAGAUUUCAUAGGCUUACUAAACAUAAAUAUAAGCUCCACUUGUUAUAAGCCAUUGAUUGAUAAAAACAAAAAUAGAGAAUGAAACAGUUUCAAUAUCUGAAAUCUUGAAACUUAUAAAAAAAAUGAUACAAAAUAGCUUAAAAAAAAGUUUGGAUCAGAUGCAUUUUCAGUGGAUCAGUAGGCAACUGCAAACAAAUUUUUAUUUUAGGCUUUAGUCACUUCAUCAAGGGCUAAUUUUUGUUAUGACAAUAACAUUUAUGAAUAGAAUAACUUGAAAAAAAAUUAACCUAAAGACUCCAUAUUUAAUGUGUAGGUGAUGGAAUUGAGAAGGACUUGUUCAUUUGGGGUCAUGUGAUCAAAGGUCAAGGUCAACAUUGACAAGUCAUUUGCCUAUGAACACACACUGUUUUGUGAAUUGAACUUUGAAUAUUUCAGACUUCAUAUUAAUAAUAUAAUAUAGGUGGAAGGCUAAUUAUUAUAGAAAAGAAACCUAUAGGUUUUGUGAGCACUUGAACAAAGUCAAAGGUGAAAGGAACAAGAUUAUUAGAAACAUGUAGCAUGACUUCGUCAAUUUUCCAGUUUUUAAUUUAGUGAUGAAAGUUGAUGGACAAAGUAAAAUUUUAUAUGUGGGAGAUCUGAUAUAUUCUCUUGUUAGUUUCACAAUUAAUGAAUACCCAGUCAUCUUUCAUUACCCCCCCCCCCCCCUUUUCAAUGAUUUUAGCAUAUAGACUUGAAAGCAGACUAGUUUCAAACAGUCAAGAUUAUAGUAUCAUUUCCAAUUUCAUGUAACAUAUUACAGAUUUGUAGUAUUUGUUGUAGCAAACAUGAUAAGAAAAUGGUCUUGUUAAGUCUUUUAAUUGUCAAAGUUGUUGUACAAAUAGUCAUGGCAGAUGUACAUGCAUUUAGUUGCUUUCCAAGAAAAUCCACAUACCAAAAUAGCAUUAAAAAUAUUUUGUGCUUAAAAGUUUUAAGAUUGCUUUGAUAUUACUACCCCCUUUCCUCAUCUGCAUUGGAAAUUUUAAAGCACAGCAUUCUGCACCUUUUAUAUCCAUGGGUCAAUUUGUUUAACACACAGGGUAUGAACAGAAAGCUUUUUUUAUCCUAAACUCCCCAGGUAUACCCUAUUGAUCACUAUUAACUGUUUCUGUAAUAAAUGUUUUAUACUUUAAAUUUUAUCUUAUCCAGUCUCUGUAAUGUUUUUUUGAAUCUUUGUUUUGCUGUCAUAGGUGAAAGUAAAUCUUCAACAGCAACA